UCUAAUGUUCUUCCAUUACUUGGUUGAGAGGAGUUGAUCAGUUUCAGAGAGUGCAGAAACUUCCUAGAGAAGAAGUGUAAAAGGAAUUUCUUUUGGUCUGUGCAGAGUACAACCAAGUUUUAAUUUCAAACUUCCAUGCACAGUAUUUCUGAAGAUUUCUGCUGUGAGAGAGUUCUUCACCUAGAAACAGGCAUAUCCAAAGGAAUUUAAUGAAAAGGGAUCAUUAAGCAGGAAGCUGACAAAGAGGAGCAGCAGCACUUUCCCCCCAAGUUUGGAGUGUGGAGAAUCGGCAUCUUUCUUUACAAUUUACAUUAACUUGCUUUUCUUCAGAUUCCUGUAGGGACAUUCUUGGGCCAUCAUGAAUGUAUUUCGGAUCCUUGGAGAUGUCUCUCAUCUCUUAGCUAUUAUCAUUUUGAUAGUGAAAAUCUGGAAAUCAAAGUCAUGUUCUGGUGUUUCUGGAAAGAGUCAGAUCCUCUUUGCACUUGUUUUCACAAGCCGUUACCUUGACCUCUUCACAACCUUCAUCUCCUUUUACAAUACCAUCAUGAAGGUUAUCUUCUUACUUUGUGCCUAUUUUACUGUGUACCUGAUCUAUGGAAAAUUCCGGAAAACCUUUGAGAGUGAACAGGAUUCUUUCCGUCUUGAGUUCCUUUUGGUUCCUGUCACAGGUCUCUCAUUUUUAGAAAACUACAAAUUCAUUCCUUUAGAGAUACUAUGGACUUUCUCAAUUUAUCUAGAAUCAGUGGCUAUCCUUCCACAACUUUUUAUGAUUAGCAAAACAGGUGAAGCUGAGACAAUCACAACACAUUACCUUUUCUUCUUGGGCCUUUAUCGUGUGCUUUAUCUUGCCAACUGGAUCUGGCGUUAUUACACAGAAAGCUUCUUUGACCAAAUUGCUGUUGUUUCUGGAGUAGUACAGACAAUCUUCUAUUGUGACUUUUUUUACCUCUAUAUCACCAAAGUACUAAAAGGGAAGAAACUGAGUCUCCCAAUGCCUAUAUGAAGAUGUGCACAACAGAAGAAAGCAGAUGAAGUCCCUGCUUCAGGAUUCAAGACUCUUUUGCCAUGUCACUAUUUGAAUUCAGAGUAUAUGUCUUUUUCUAUACAUUUCAAUUAGAGAACAUGACUGCACCACAGGGGCCAAGUAACUAACAUUUCAGAACUUAACUAUUUAGUGUAGAUGAUUCAUCUGCAGUAUUUUUAUAAAGAAGCGUUCCUUGAAAACUAAAGAAACCAGAUUAUGAUUUAACCAUUGUAUCCUCUAUAAUGGUUAUAUCCAUUUCUAAAAAGUUCAAGCCAAAUUUCAAAUGAUUAUAAAGACUAAAACAGCUGUGACCUAACACUCUUUCCUAAACUAUCAAUGUUCCCUCAAGGGAUUAGAGGAAACAUUUUUAAAUAUUCAAUUGUAUUUUUAAAUAAAAAACAAGAUUUCUGAAUUUUAUCGACAAGUGUUUUUAUUCAUACCUACAAAAGAAAACAAGAUGGUAUCAAAAGGACAAUUUACAAACUAAUAGUAACAUAGCUUUUUUAAUAUACUGUGCCUGAACAUCACAGAGCUAUGAAUCUCUCUUUUCAAGUCUUUAUUCACAGAACAGGAAUGUGUUCAAAUACCAGUAAAGGGGAGGGGGACUGUCCCCAAUGAUUCAACCUAAGAAGCCUGCAGGGUUUUAAGAGUCUGUAUCUUUUAACUAAACAAAGCCUAUACAAUGACUUUUGUAAAAGGGAAUAUAGGUUGGAUAUUGGUAUAUUUACUGAGCAAAUAAUAUUACCAAUUGGCCAGAUUUUUAAACUGAUAAGUGGAAACAAGCUGUACAUGUCAGAGUUCAAUUAUUUGUUAAUGCUCAGUCUGAGCACACCACACACCAAGCUGUAACUAUGUUCAAGCCACAGUAUAGCACUGUAAGGCCCUAAUACAAUUUUAUAUUGGUGAAGAUGAAGACCAAAUCCCUUUAAAGACAAUGGGGAAGAAUUUAUUCUGCCCCCCCCCCCCCUGUAGGCUUGUAGAUUUAUUUCUGCAUGAACAGCAGCUCCAUGAUGUUUUGAUUAAGAAAGGAAAUACAAAUCAGGCAGUGUUCAGUAAAUGAAUGUUCAUUUCUAAUAUUUUUAAUGAAGAUAACUGCCAAAUAUAUAUCUUAAUGAUGAUUAUGGAAACCAAACUGAGAAAGAGGAUUUUAACUAGCAAGCCUUUAUUGUACAAGGUCUGUACCAACAACCUACCUGUAUGAUGUGCGCAGACACACAAGUGGUUAUUAUUCUCCAGCCUGCUCUUAUUGAGAAACACGUACUUAAAUCCCAUUUUUUUUUAAGCCAAGCCCACAUUGCUAUAAAUAACUCCAUUGUUCUAACAACCUGUUUCCCAAAACUGGAAAAAGAAAAGAAAAAAGAAAAACCCCAUAGAUUCUGUCUCUUAGGACAGAAGAGAUUUUCCUGCCAUGUUUUCUGGAAAUAACAGGUGAAACCAACUACCAUCAACUUUCUCCUGCUAGUUACAAGACAGAAACUUUAAUAUUUGAAUAAUCCCAUCCCACCCUCCCCCACUCCCCAACUUUAAACCUUUCUCAGACUAGGGAAAAAACAAGAAUGAAUGAAAGCAUUUGCUAAAGUUCUCUCUCUUCCUAAAAUCUAGGGUGCUACCUACCUGUAAAAGCUGA